AAAGGAGGCAAACAGACAUAUACACACAAAUACACUCACAUUCAUCACCAGCAUCUGGGCGCACUCCCAAACGCCCAGCCACACAGGUAUAUGGGUACUCAGAAGGGAUCAGAGCACAGAGAUACUCACACUGACACACAGAUGCCUGGCAACAGGCAAACACACAGCCACACAGAUGGGAAGAGAUGAUCACACAUUUAACUUGGAAACACUACCCUGCCCAUCUACUCUCUAAGGAACUAAAUAUACAACUGUCUCUCCCUCUAAUUCCCUUUCUCAGUCCCCUAUCUCUUAAUCUCUGUAUACACACAAAUGGAAAUGCACACACAGGUACAUGCACAUAGGCACACGUGCACACAAGCGCACAGACAUAUAGUCUCUCUAGGUGCCUAUCUCCUUCAUCUGGACCCUGUCGCAGCCCCCAUCAGCCUCUCUGUCCCCCUUGGCUCCCUCCCUCCCCCUUCUUCUCUCUUGGUUGGCUCCCUUCCCCCUCUCCAGCUGUCUGAGCCAGCUCUCUCUGAUUCAUCCUCCUCGGGAAGCCUCUUCCCUCUACCUGUUUCAGAUCUCUUCCUUUCUUCCUCUCACUCCUGCCCCCAUCCCUUCUCUCCUUUCUCUCUCUCCACUCCUCCCCACCUCUUUCUGCGUAGAACUGAUGGAUUUUCUUCUGGGAAAGUCGAGCCAUUGAUGGAAGCAAGAAGCCACUGCUGGCUAUAGCAGGAAAGCACACUCGGACCCUUCCCGAUGGCAUUACCAAAACCGCAAGGUCCACCCAUCUGCCCCGGACCAGGGCCAGCACCCGCACCGCAGCGGUGGCGGCGCGGGCGCUGUCCAGCGUGCUGAAGCCGGAGCGAGCGAGCCGCCCGGAGCCGCGCGGAUCCAGCGGAGCCCGGCCCACUGGAUGCCAGACCUCGACCGUCGCUGGUACCCCAUCCACCGCUCGGAGCCCAGGCGGACGCGUCCCGAUCUUCCCCUGUCCCCACCCUGCCCCGACCCUUCUCUCCAUCUCCCGCAUCGUGACACCAGCUGCUUCCGAAGCCCUUUGGUCAUGAAAUCUCCCCAGUUGCCGGCAUCCGCCCUCUUCUGCUUCCUUCUACUAGUGAAGGGGCUAGGGGCAGCGCCCCCGGGACGCCCUGAGGCGCAGCCACCUCCCCUCAGCCCUGAGCAUAAAGAGCGGGUAGCUGGGGACGCAGUGCCCAGGCUGAAGGAUGGCAGCGCCCCAGAGGUCCGAGCUGCUCGGAAUUCCGAGCCUCAGGACGAGGGAGAGCUCUUCCAGGGCGUGGAUCCCCGGGCGCUGGCCGCGGUGCUGCUGCAGGCACUCGACCGUCCGGCCUCGCCCCCCGCGCUGGGCGGCUCCCAGCAGGGGCCGGCGGAAGAAGCAGCAGAAGCUCUGCUGACUGAGACGGUGCGCAGCCAGACCCACAGCCUCCCGGUGCCAGAGACCCAGGCGUCGGCGGCCCCGUCUCGCCCCCAGUCUCAGGAGGAGAGUGAUCCUGAGGUGGGCGACCCCUCUAAGGAGCUUGAGGCACUAGCGUCCCUGCUCCAGGAACUGCGAGAUUUCAGUCCGAGCAGCGCCAAGCGCCAGCAAGAGACGGCGGCAGCGGAGACGGAAACCCGCACGCACACGCUGACCCGAGUGAACCUGGAGAGUCCGGGGCCGGAGCGCGUGUGGCGCGCUUCUUGGGGAGAGUUCCAGGCGCGCGUCCCCGAGCGCGCGCCCCUGCAGCCCCCGGCCCCCCAGCAACUCCAGGCGCGAGUGCCGGAGAGCAGGCCCCUUCCUGAAACCCACCAAUUUGGGGAAGGAGUGUCCGCCCCCAAAACACAUCUGGGCGAGGCGUUGGCACCCCUGUCCAAGGCGUAUCAAGGCCUGGGAGCCCCCUUCCCCAAGGCGCGCCUGCCGAAGAGCUCACUCCUGGGCGGCUCCGAGGCGGGGGAGCGCCUUUUACAGCAAGGGCUGGCGCAGGUAGAGGCCGGGCGGCGCCAGGCGGAGGCCACGCGGCAGGCCGCGGCGCAGGAGGAGCGGCUGGCCGACCUCGCCUCCGACCUGCUGCUUCAGUAUUUGCUGCAGGGCGGGGCCCGGCAGCGCGGCCUGGGGGGUCGGGGGCUGCAGGAGGCGGAGGAGGAGCGAGAGAAGGAGAGGGAGGAAGGAGAGGCGGAGCAGGAGCGACGCGGCGGGGAGGGGAGGGAGGAGGAAGAGGAUGAGGAGGCGGCGGAGGCGGAGGCGGAGGCGGAGGAGGCGGAGAGGGCGCGGCAGAAUGCGCUACUGUUCGCCGAGGAGGAGGACGGGGAAGCCGGAGCCGAGGACAAGCGCUCCCAGGAGGAGACGCCGGGCCACCGGCGGAAGGAGGCUGAGGGGGCAGAGGAGGGGGGGGAGGAGCAGGACGACGACGAAGAGAUGGACCCGCAGACGAUCGAUAGCCUCAUUGAGCUGUCUACCAAGCUACACCUGCCCGCCGACGACGUGGUCAGCAUCAUCGAAGAGGUGGAGGAGAAGCGGAAGCGGAAGAAGAACGCCCCCCCGGAGCCGGUGCCUCCCCCCCGGGUCGCCCCCGCCCCCACCCACGUCCGCUCCCCGCAGCCCCCGCCCCCCGCCCCGGCUCAAGACGAGCUGCCGGACUGGAACGAGGUGCUCCCGCCCUGGGAUCGGGAGGAGGACGAGGUGUUUCCCCCGGGGCCCUACCACCCUUUGCCCAACUACAUCCGGCCGCGGACGCUGCAGCCGCCCGCCGCCUCGCGCCGCCGCCACUACCACCACGCCCUGCAGCCCCCGCGCCACUAUCCCGGCCGAGAGGCCCAGGCGCGGCGCGCCCAGGAGGCGGCGGAGGCGGAGGAGCGCCGGCUGCAGGAGCAGGAGGAGCUGGAGAAUUACAUCGAGCACGUGCUGCUCCGGCGCCCGUGACCCGCCCCCGCGCGCCCCCGCCCCGCGCGCGGCCGCCGCGCCUCCGCCCCCUCCGUGUCGCUCCUCCGGGCUCUCCAGGUUUGCAUGCGCCCCGGCCCCGCCCCUCGGCCGCCGCCCGGCCCCGCCCCUUUGCCCUUUGGCCCCGCCCCUUUGCCCUUUGGCCCCGCGCCGCCCCUGGGCUGGGCUGACACCAGUCCCACCUCUUCUGGGUCGGAAGCCGGAACCCCCGGAACUCAGUCGCGGGUGACCCGGGGCCGGCCCAGGCGAGCGGGUGGUUCGUGCGAAUUCCCUCCCUCCGCGGGGCCCGGUCCCCAUUUCGUUGCUCUCGGGACUAAACCGGAAAAAGCAGUUGCAGUUAGUUGUGUGAAGUGUCUGUCUCCCUCCCUCGGGGACCCCCGCCCUCUUCAGAUCGCUGUGAAUUUAUUCCUCUUCCUUCUCGAUUGUAUAUACCCCUCACGGAGGAAAUAGUUUUGCUAAGAAAUAAAAGUGACUAUUUUAUUAGGA